AAAUAAAAUAAACAGAACAAAAAUUACGUCCUUAAUGGUUAAAUAUGCAAAUCUAAUAUCUCAUUUAAAACAAGUUGAUAUUUAUUUUUCAUUAACAUUUCACCUUUAAAAUCAAUAAUUGAUGUAAUGUUGUGUAAUCAUUAUAAAGUUUUGUUUAUCUCAAUGACUGAUUAUCUGAUAUUGUGUAAUUACAGUAUAAUAGUGGUGGCCUCAUCCAAGGGUGACUUACUUCUAUUACAAGAGGCUCUGACGGGGAAAUAUGGCACAUUUACUGAGGAUGACUUGAACAAUGCCCUCUCAAGAGCUGCUAACAACAGCAGUGUCAGCUGCAUCAAACCCCUUCUGGAGGCUGGCUCUGACCCAGAUUCUGAGGACACUGAUGGUGACACACCCUUGAUGCUGGCCAGUGCUAAUAACAACCUCCGUGUUGUCAAGGCACUUUUGGACUAUGGCUGUGAUGUAAACCUGGUCAGUAAUUAUGGCCGCACAGCCUUACAUUUGGCUGCAUGGAAUGGACAUAUUCAUGCAGUACAUUUGCUGCUUGAGAAUAAGUGUGACACAGAGGUGCAGGAUCAGUAUGGGGAUACUCCACUUAUGUUAGCUGCCUUACAUAAUCAUCCUGAAAUACUCAGGAUACUCAUUCAACAUAACUGUAAUGUUGCAGUCAAGAACUUUGAUCGUGAUACUGCCUUACAUUAUAGCGCUCGCAAAGGAUAUAUUGGCAUCAUAAAGCUUCUUCUGGAAGUCGGUGCAGAUGUAAAUGGGGAAAAUAAUUGGGGGUACACCCCACUGACUAUUGCAAUCUCUGAAGGGCGAGUAGACACAGCAGUGUUCUUAAUAUCUAAGGGGGCUUAUAUUGGCAUUGCCUGUAGAGCUAACAGGGCCCCCUUACAUUAUGCAGUACGCCGUGGCCUGAAGGAACUUGUGCAAUUGUUGCUGCUCCAUGGAGCAAACUGUGAUCAGAAAGACUCAGAUCAUAACACACCAAUCAUAGAUGCGGUCUACAACAACCAUAAGCACAUAGUGAAGAUGCUUAUACAGGCCAAUUGUGACCUACAGUGUAGGGGAAGAGCUGUCAUCUCACACCAGUGGAAGUGGUCUACCUUAUUGGAAAUUGCCCUCCAUAAAGGACACUACACCAUAGCAAGAAUGCUCAUCUCUGCAGGCUGUGAUAGGUCAUGCUUGAAAGAAUGGAGCCAACUCCCACAGACUCUUGCUAACAACCAAGAAAUGAUGUUAUGGCUCAUUGAGUUUGGCAAUAUGCCACUGAGUCUUAUGGCGCAAUCUCGUAGACUUAUUCGUGGCCUCUAUGGUUAUGAUGCUGUAUGCAGCAUCUCGAAGUUGCCCCUACCCAAGCAGAUUCAGCGCUACGUUGCAUUCUGUGAUCUUGAGGAGUUUAUUGAAGAAGACAAAUAAACAACAUUAGUUCCUCGCUCAUGACCAGGGCAAACUUAUUUGUCUCCAACAAAAGUUUGGUGGUCUGGGUAGAUGGACUAUUCUUGCACGAUUUUUUAUUUGCCCCGGCUGCCUUGAUUUCCGGUUACUAUGGCAAUCAUUUCUUAAAUAAUAUUUCUGUUAUACCAAAUAUUUUUUGAUAGAUUAAUACAGCAUUCUAUGUUUCACAUUCUGUGAAAAAUUCAUCAGAAUAUAUUGAAAAAUAAAAAAGUUAGAGAGAUAUCAUGAGAACUUAAUGAUAUACAGUAAAACCUGUCUAAUCCGAACACCCAUGGGACCAGCUAAAAGCGUUCAAAUUGGCAGGUGUUCAAAUUUCGAGGAUUUUGCUGGUCGGGGGGGGGGGGAUUUUCAUUGUUCAGUGCACUAUAUUGAACACUUAAUACUAAGUCAGAAAACAAUACAUGUUGUUGAUGAGUUAAUUCUACAAUAGGCCUAUAGCCUAUAUGCUGUUUUAUUUAUAUUUUGAACAAUUUCACCAUUUUAGUAAAAAUAACUCUUAUAUUUUGGCAAAAACUUUGUAAUACACUGUAAAAGUAUAUGAUAGUCUCGUACGAAAUCUUGUGCUUAUCAAAUGGCUUAUCCCAUAUUAUGGUUAUAUAGCACUGCUUUACUUUUGCUUGAAAAAGUCCUUCAUUGUUGUUU